UCCCACCCUCCUUUCCAAUCCGAUUCAAUCCCAUCACCCACCUCCUUGAUCUAUCUUUUCCAAUAUUUUGAUUCACUAUCGAUUCAAUUUGAUUCUCUUGCCUCGUUUUUGAUCGAAUUCUUGAUUUUUAAUUGGAUUUGAUCCGAAUCAGACCGCAACGGUGUGGCUGGAACAUGGGGGAAUGGUACAGGAAUGAGAAUUGUAUCAGAGCUUGAACCGAAAAUGCCAGGGUUAGCUGAGAGGGACGACCAAUUCAGUGAUGGGUCGUCGCCCAUUUACACUCUCUCUUCUUCCCCCAAUGCUUUUUGGUCCAAGCAUCGCGACGAUGUUAGCUACAAUCAGCUCCAGAAGUUUUGGAGUGAGCUAUCACCACAAGCUCGGCAGAAACUUCUCCGGAUUGACAAGCAAACCCUUUUUGAACAAGCUCGUAAGAACAUGUACUGCUCUAGAUGCAAUGGAUUACUGCUUGAAGGCUUUUUGCAGAUUGUCAUGUAUGGAAAGUCUUUGAAGCAGGAGGGAGCAAGCGGGCAACUUUCCUGCAACAAAUCAAGAGUCUCAAAAAAUCAUAAGGACGGUAAAGGCAUUACUAAUGGGUGCCAUGAUGAAAUCCCAGAUUCAUCUGUCCAUCCUUGGGGUGGUCUAACCAUUACACGUGAGGGGUCUUUAACACUCAUGGAUUGCUACUUGUAUUGUAAGUCUCUCAAGGGGCUUCAAAAUGUGUUUGACAGUGCACGUGCAAGGGAGCGAGAACGUGAGUUACUUUAUCCUGAUGCCUGUGGUGGGGGAGGUCGAGGUUGGAUAAGCCAAGGAAUGGCGAGUUAUGGCAGAGGACAUGGCACACGGGAAACAUGUGCCUUGCAUACCGCCAGGCUUUCUUGUGACACAUUGGUUGAUUUCUGGUCCGCACUUGGAGAAGAAACUCGGCAGUCUCUUCUUAGGAUGAAGGAAGAGGAUUUCAUUGAGAGGCUCAUGUACAGGUUUGAUAGCAAGAGAUUUUGCAGAGAUUGCAGAAGGAAUGUUAUCCGUGAGUUCAAGGAGCUAAAAGAGCUGAAGCGCUUGCGGAAGGAGCCUCGCUGCACAAAUUGGUUUUGUGUUGCUGAUACUGCCUUCCAGUAUGAGGUAUCUGAUGGCACGGUGCAAGCUGAUUGGCGCCAUACUUUUGCAGACACUGUCGGGACAUAUCAUCACUUUGAGUGGGCAGUUGGAACAGGGGAGGGAAAAUCAGACAUUUUGGAAUUUGAAAAUGUUGGCAUGAAUGGGAGUGUUAAGGUCAAUGGCCUUGAUCUUGGUGGUUUAACUGCCUGCUUUAUCACCCUGAGAGCUUGGAAACUAGAUGGUCGUUGCACUGAGCUUUCUGUGAAAGCCCAUGCUUUGAAGGGUCAACAAUGUGUUCACUGCAGGCUUAUAGUUGGGGAUGGCUAUGUAAGAAUCACAAGAGGAGAAAGUAUCAGAAGGUUUUUUGAGCAUGCUGAAGAAGCAGAGGAAGAAGAGGAUGAUGAUUCCAUGGACAAGGAUGGAAAUGAUUUGGAUGGAGAAUGCUCCCGUCCACAAAAACAUGCGAAGAGUCCUGAACUUGCUCGAGAAUUUCUUCUAGACGCUGCAACUGUUAUUUUUAAGGAACAGGUGGAAAAAGCAUUUAGAGAAGGAACAGCACGCCAAAAUGCACACAGCAUCUUUGUUUGUCUUGCACUAAAGCUGCUGGAAGAACGAGUUCAUGUUGCAUGCAAAGAUAUAAUUACUCUAGAAAAGCAGAUGAAACUCCUAGAAGAGGAAGAAAAAGAGAAGCGUGAAGAAGAAGAACGCAAGGAGAGGAGAAGGACAAAGGAAAGAGAGAAAAAACUGCGAAGAAAGGAAAGAAUGAAAGGGAAAGAAAAGGACAAAGAUCAGAAAGGUUGUGAAGAAUAUGAAAUGCCUGUUCAUCUUGUUUCCUCAAAGGAAGAGUCAUAUCUGAUUGUUGAUGAGGAGCCCAAUAGUUCCAUUAGCUGCAUGGACUCAGUUAGUGAAGCUGGUGAUAGUAUUCUAUCUAGGCCUGGAUCUCCUGAAAUUCCAGAUGUACAAUUCCAAAAUGGUUACAUUAUUUCAAAGUUUGAGGAUCCCUGUUUUGAAAGUCCUGACGGGGAAUAUUCCAAUGGGAAAGGUGGUACAGAUUCUUUUACAGUCGAGCAAUCAAAGUUUUCCCGAUGGAAAUUAAAAUUUAGGAGAGAAGUUCAACAUGAUGCAUCAUUGAAGUGGUCUGACAGACGCCGGUAUAUUGCUGUUUCUGAUGCUGCUCCUGUAGUUAAUAGAUCUGAUUCAAGAUGUAGUGGUGAGAGUUUUGAGACUCCAGCAAGGGGCAUGAAUGGAUCAAACAGGCAAUUAAGAGUAAAUGGCCCAAAGUUGAAUGGUCGACACUGUGGUCUUAAGUUUACAGAGAAGUUUUCCUGCUCUAGCAACAAGCUGAGCGACAGAUAUGACUUCAAUUCUUGCAGCUGCAACAAGAGCACCGAGUAUAGAGCAAAGGCUGACCCACACGUUUCUGUCACCAAAGUGUGCUGGGAGACCAAAACUACAAGUAAGUCAGAAUGUGCAUUAGAUGGAUCCAAGCAAUUCUAUCGUGGUAACAGGUAUAACCAAGAUGUGCGUGAAAAUUCUUUGAGGCCCAAAGUCAAAGUCAAUUCUGGGGACAAUCCUUCUAGAGAUGUGCUUCAUCCCAAGAAAAUUUGGGAGCCCAUGGAGGCCCAGAAAAAGUAUCCGCGGAGUAACUCAGACUCUGAUGUUACCUUAAGUUCAUCUGCUUUCAAAGCCGAAGAACAUACAGGUAAAAUCAUCAAGUCAUCUGGUGACUUGUGUAGGGGUGAAGUUGGUGCAGUUACCGGUGAAAUUUAUGAGGAUAACAAUUCAAAGGAAUCUAGCAUAUGCAGCAUAGAAAUGGAUGUCAGUUGCCAGAAUGGUCUUCGUACAAGAGCACCGGAUUCUUGCAACUCGAUGCAAGGUUCUUAUGAGGAGAAUCGAAUAUCUGAUCCCAUUGUGAACAGCACUUCUACAUCUGAUAAUUGCUCAUCAUGCCUAAGUGAAGGGGACAGCAAUACAACCUCAUCUAAUCAUGGAAAUCAAGACUCUUCAUCCACCUCAGAUUCAGAAGAUGCAAGCCAGCAAUCAGGAGAAAAAGAAACUUCCGUGAGCAUUCCAAAUGGUUUUACAGAGUGCAAUGAAGUUGGUAUUGAGAAUAAUCUCAAUGUGAAGAGAGGGGAGUUCGCAGAAAGCAGGGCAUUUACAGGUCUACCACCAAAUGAGGGGACUAAUCCAUUGACAAACGUUCUUCACAAUUUUGAUACUUCUGCUGCUAGCAUGGGUUCCCAGCAGCAAAGCAUGCUUCCUCCGAUGAAAAACCAAACUGUACAUUUUCCUGUGUUUCAAGCUCCCUCGACAAUGGGUUACUAUCACCAAAGUCCAGUUUCAUGGCCACCUGCUCCAACCAAUGGAUUAUUGCCCUUUACUCAUCCCAACCACUAUUUAUAUGCUAGCCCUCUUGGGUAUGGUAUUAAUGGGAACUCAGGUUUAUGCAUGCAGUAUAGUCCUAUGCAGCAGCUACCUACUCCCUUGUUUACACCUACCCCGGUUCCAAUGUUUCAGCCACUCAUCAAUACAGAGGAGCAGGCCCAAAUUUUCAAGUCAGGUGUGCAAGAAUAUCCUAUUGAAGUUAAUACAGAUAAUUCAGAUGCAAUUGGACAUUUUUCCAUGCAAACAUCAUCAACUGGAGAAGGUGCACACAAUGAUAAUUCUGGCAAAUUACACAUGAACAAUGGUGGCUUUUCCUUAUUCCAUUUUGGUGGUCCUGUUGCUCUUUCAAGUGGAGGUAACUCAAAUCCUAUGCCUUCACAAGAAGAGCUUGUCAGGGAUUCACCUAUAAAACAUGCAGAUCAUAUUGAGAAUGAUCAUGCGUGCAAUAAGGAGGCUACAAUGGAAGAAUACAACCUGUUUGCAGCAAGCAAUGGCAUGAGGUUUAAAUUCUUCUAAUGUAGCACUGAGAAGGUGUAAGGUGGCUGUUCAGGAAUUCAGUCCCCAUCUUCUUAUCUGGUAAAGGUUUGAGGUGCUUGGUCUUUGGUGCACAAUAAUCUUCCUCACAAAAAUUCCAAUUUUAGCUUAUACCUUAUAGUUAUUCAAUUUGUCCCAUUUGUUUUUCCUAUAGUUGAGAGCAAAAAGUUGGGAGAGUGUUACAAUGUUUGAAGGUUCUGUAGAGGUCAGGUUUCUGUUUUUUUUUUUGUCAAUGAAGAUGAAUUUAUUGGUAUGAAAUUUACUUCAUAAUUUGCAUACAAUCACAGCUUUUGUAUUCUGUUUUGGGAUUUUGUGCCUCCUAAAAACAUUGUCAAUUAAUUAGUGGAAUU